AGCUGACAGCCAAGUCGAGAGCUCGGCGAGCGACCUGUACGCUCGCUUGCGUUACGUCCAUUAAAAAUUGCAUAUAAUAUCAAUUUUUGGACAGCAUUUGCGUCCGGACUAACAUUAACAGUGUAAUAAUGUAUUUUAAGAGAAAAAGAAACUAUCACCGAAGUGUUAUAUUAUAGCCCAGGUGUUUUACAGUGGAGUUGACGAUUUUAGUUUGCUGUUGAAAUAAGAUGCACAGUUGCGAGACAGCGCCGGCGCCGGUGGCGACGGGCCCGACGCUGCUGCUGCAGCUGGGCCGGCUCAUCAUCCGAGCGCGCAGCACCAGCCCUGCCUCGCGCGCGCCCCUCACCGCCCAUGCGCACGCGCAACACCCGCAACACGACCGCCUGCUACAUGCGAAACUGCUCGCCUCCAAACCCUCUACCAGUCAACAGGUUCAAACGCAGCCAAAGGCUGACAACGAAGAGCCGAAGACUGGGGUAGAGGCGCAGUUAAGCGACCAUGUACAGGCCUUGUGGAACGAACACUUGCCCGUGUGCAUUGAGGUACUCCUGGCCCCUGACUGCUCGCAGUGCUACAAUACGCUGAGCGGGGAGUCUUCUCCAUACGAACCGUUGCAUGCCCAGCGAGGGCUGCUGCUUGAGAGGUGGACCAUGCAGCCGCUUGUCACCAAGAGUCACGAGACGCCUACAUUCACGUCGUCCCAGUGGCUGCUGAACGCUGUCAGGUCUCAGCUGCACUUCUCUCAGCUGGCGGCGUGGCUGGCCAGGCUCAAGGAGACCAAGCCGGACGACAACCCCACGGAGAGGAGGAGGAAACUGAGCCGUGAAAAGUGCAAUUACAAGAAACUCGAAGCAAAUUGCGACGAAACAGAACUGCCAAACGAACAGCGCAAACUAAAUGUCGUCUACUCCGUCAAAAUGCCGGGCGAAACCUACAAAAUGGCGGAGUUCACAAAGCCUCCUAACGACCACCAGUUCCCUAUGACAGAGAUCGGCGACAACGUUUACUUGAAGGUGGUAUUACAGAGUCUGCCGCGACUCGAUGACAUACCGACCCUCAAGUGCGGCUGUCAGAAACGGAGGCCCAGCAAGGAACUACCGGUCAGCCAACACGAGGAGCUGGUGGGCAAACUCAAUGAUCUCACUAUAGGGUCUAGCAGCCCCAAUACCUCCACUCAGCGGUUGCUCGAUGAUAGAAUGAUGACGCCGUGCACCGAGAACGGUAAGCAUAAGUGCAGUUGCGACGACGAGUCUGAUGGUAAGGAAAAAACGAAGAGGAUCGAUGAGAGGAGACUCAAAGAGAUAGCUAAGUGUAAGAGACGCUGGAGAAAGGAGAGCAAACUGAAGAAAUUGAAUGAUAGCACGUCGUCGGAGAGCGAACAGAGGACUAAGGAGACACACACGUCCAUUCCUAUACUUCAAGCAGCUAGAUUCGACCGCCUGCGGGCUAUAGGAUGCUAUAGAAACCAAACGUACCUGACUUUACCUGCGAGCCGCCUAGAUACAAGAUCUCCAUUUACAGAAACUGAGUACAAACCCGAUGGGGUCAAAAAGACCAAUACAGUCGGGACUCAGACGGACGACGUGACGUGUCAGUGUGGAGCUCCGCUAAAGAUCUCAUGUGAAAGUUGUGAUAGAGGCAUGGUCAGGUCGGACGGCAAUUACGACCUGGCCUCCAUAGACAACGGUGCACGUAGAAAAUGCGAGGAUGACUUUAAACAAUACAAAAAGCACAAAUGUGAUAUACAGAGCAACAUAUGUGAUAGUAGCUUGAUAAAAAGACCGAAAUUGCGGCGGUUCUUCCCGAUAGUGGACCGGAUAGAUCGUGUCGUUUCGGACCGACAGAAGAAGGAUAUGGAGGAGUUGCACUUGAAGACCGACGACACGGUCUUUUCGGGUCCCAAGGAGACGAAACGCCAGAAGACCUUCUCGAUAAGUGAUGAUGAUUACGUUUUAUAUGAGAAGUGCGAUUAUGGGACGUUUGAUAAGUAUGAAAUAGAGUCGCCUGGUGAUGAGACCAACGGUUUCAAGUUUCCCGAUGCGAAAGACCAGGUUAGAGACCAGGUGCCGUCUCCGUCCGAGGUGGAUAGGUUCAGGUGGCGGUUCGACUCCGCGGCGUCCAUGGUCUUCCACUCGAAGACCGGUCUGCCGCUGACUUCGAGCCCGGCUCCAUUGCGACGUGGCAACAAUUGUUUCGACUUCGAUGACUCGAUUAACGGCAUAUCUGGGAUUAAGAGUGCGCUGUUCCAUCCGAUCUCGCCGCCGUCGCCGGCGCCGCCCGCGUCUCCCGCGUCGCCGGCCUCGCCUGCGCCUGCGCCGCGCAUCACGCCGCCGCCGCAGCCCAAGAAAGAAGACACGCCCAAGAAACUCAGAAUGGGACCAAGCGCUGGCCUUCUAGGUAGUUUCGAGGAGUCUGCGCUGAAGGGCCGGCUGGAGCCGGUGGCGACGGUGCACGGGUUCUCGGCGGAGCUGGGCGCGUCGGGUGCGUUCUGUCCGCCGCACAAGCGGCUGCCGGUCACCGUGUUCUUCUACGCGCCCGGCGGCACCAACGCGCCUUAUAUGGGUCAUAUAAACCUAGGCGCGGGCGGGUACCGCGUGUCGCGGUCGGGGACGGUGCAGGUGUCGCUGUUCAACCCGCACGGCACGCUGGUGAAGAUGUUCGUGGUGCUGUACGACCUGCGCGGGAUGCCGCCGCUGGCGAGGACGUUCCUGCGCCAGCGCACGCUGUACCUGCCGCCCGGCGCCGCGCCCCCGCCGCCGCACACCAGGCACAAGUGGCUGCGAUAUCUUAUACACCUUAGAUUCAUGACAUCAAAGUCCGGCAAGUUAUACCUCCACACGGACAUAAGGAUCUUGGUGUCGCGCAAGGCCGACCUGGACACGGCCACAGCACAUUCCGCCAUAUUCCGCCCUCUGGCCGCCGAGGAGUCGCAGGAGGAGCCGGCGGGUGCGCGGGCGCCGCGGCGCGUGUUCGGCGGCUGCGGGCCGGGCGAAGCGCUGGGCGGCGCCUACGAGCUGCGCAGCUUCACCGACGCGCCAGACAACCCCCGGUACUCGCCACGCUAGCCAGCCUUCACACCGCCUAACCACCAGAUCAAUAUAUUUUUGGUUUUAUA